GCGCGCGCCUCGGCGACCCCUCCCCCGGCGUCGGCACCCGAGCUCCGCCCCUCGCCGAGCCGCCCCCUCGGCGGCUGCCGUGAGAGCUCGCUAGCGCCGCAGACGCCACCACCUUCGUAGUCUCUUCCUCCAGCUCCGGCGUGCGGGGGCCGUCCGGCGGCGGCGCUGCCCUGGGUGGGCUGCGGGGCCCGCGCGGCCGCUGAGCACUCGGCGCCGCGCAGCCAGGUCUCCCGCCCGCGCGGCGCCGUGACAGGUGCAGAGUCCCAGCUGAGGAUCCACCUGCGGCGGGCGCAGCGAUGCCCACCAUGCGGAGGACCGUGUCGGAAAUCCGCUCCCGCGCGGAGGGUUAUGAGAAGACAGAUGAUGUUUCAGAGAAGACUUCACUGGCUGACCAGGAGGAAAUACGGACUAUAUUCAUCAACCAGCCCCAGCUGACAAAAUUCUGCAAUAACCAAGUCAGCACUGCGAAAUACAACAUAAUCACCUUCCUUCCAAGAUUUCUCUACUCUCAGUUCAGAAGAGCUGCUAACUCAUUUUUUCUCUUUAUUGCACUGCUGCAGCAAAUACCUGAUGUAUCACCAACAGGUCGCUACACAACACUGGUUCCUCUGUUAUUUAUCUUAGCUGUGGCAGCUAUCAAAGAGAUAAUAGAAGAUAUUAAACGACAUAAAGCUGAUAAUGCAGUGAACAAGAAACAGACACAAGUUUUGAGAAAUGGUGCUUGGGAAAUUGUGCACUGGGAAAAGGUGGCAGUAGGGGAAAUAGUGAAAGUGACCAAUGGGGAACAUCUCCCAGCAGAUCUCAUCAGCCUGUCCUCAAGUGAACCCCAGGCCAUGUGCUACAUUGAAACAUCCAACUUAGAUGGUGAAACAAACCUGAAAAUUAGGCAGGGCUUACCAGCAACAUCAGAUAUAAAAGACAUUGACAGUUUGAUGAGAAUUUCUGGCAGAAUCGAGUGUGAAAGUCCAAACAGACAUCUGUACGAUUUUGUUGGAAACAUAAGGCUUGAUGGACAUAGCACUGUCCCCCUGGGAGCAGAUCAGAUUCUUCUUCGAGGCGCCCAGUUGAGAAACACACAGUGGGUUCAUGGAAUAGUUGUCUACACCGGACAUGAUACCAAGCUGAUGCAGAAUUCAACAAGUCCACCACUUAAACUCUCAAAUGUGGAACGGAUUACAAAUGUACAAAUUUUGAUUUUAUUUUGUAUCUUAAUUGCCAUGUCUCUUAUCUGUUCUGUGGGUUCAGCCAUUUGGAAUCGGAGGCAUUCUGGAAAGCACUGGUAUCUCAAUCUAAACUAUGGUGGUGCUAAUAAUUUUGGACUGAAUUUCUUGACCUUCAUCAUCCUUUUCAACAAUCUCAUUCCUAUCAGCUUGUUGGUGACAUUAGAAGUGGUGAAAUUUACCCAGGCAUACUUCAUAAAUUGGGAUCUCGACAUGCACUAUGAACCCACAGACACUGCUGCGAUGGCUCGAACAUCUAAUCUGAACGAGGAACUUGGCCAGGUCAAAUACAUAUUUUCUGAUAAGACAGGCACUCUGACCUGCAAUGUGAUGCAGUUUAAGAAGUGUACCAUAGCUGGAGUUGCAUAUGGCCAUGUCCCUGAACCUGAGGAUUAUGGCUGCUCUCCUGAUGAAUGGCAGAGCUCACAGUUUGGAGACGAAAAAACAUUUAGUGAUUCAUCAUUGUUGGAAAACCUCCAAAAUAAUCAUCCAACUGCACCUAUAAUAUGUGAAUUUCUUACAAUGAUGGCCGUUUGUCACACAGCAGUGCCAGAGCGAGAAGGCGAUAAGAUUAUUUAUCAAGCAGCAUCUCCAGAUGAAGGAGCACUGGUCAGAGCAGCCAAACAAUUGAAUUUUGUUUUCACUGGAAGAACACCUGACUCAGUGAUUAUAGAUUCCUUGGGGCAAGAAGAAAGAUACGAAUUGCUCAAUGUUCUGGAAUUCACCAGCGCUAGAAAAAGAAUGUCGGUGAUUGUUCGCACUCCAUCCGGGAAGUUACGACUUUACUGCAAAGGAGCUGACACUGUAAUUUAUGAUCGACUGGCAGAGACUUCAAAAUACAAAGAAAUUACCCUAAAACAUUUAGAGCAGUUUGCUACAGAAGGAUUACGAACUUUAUGUUUUGCUGUGGCUGAGAUCUCAGAGAGCGACUUUCAGGAGUGGCGAGCCGUCUAUCAGCGUGCAUCCACAUCCGUGCAGAACAGACUGCUCAAACUCGAAGAGAGUUAUGAGUUAAUUGAAAAGAAUCUUCAGCUACUUGGAGCUACAGCCAUUGAGGAUAAAUUACAAGAUCAAGUGCCUGAAACCAUAGAAACUCUCAUGAAAGCAGACAUCAAGAUCUGGAUCCUUACAGGGGACAAACAAGAAACUGCCAUUAACAUUGGACACUCCUGCAAACUUUUGAGGAAGAACAUGGGAAUGAUUGUUAUAAAUGAAGGCUCUCUUGAUGCAACAAGGGAAACUCUCAGUCGCCACUGCACUACCCUUGGUGAUGCUCUUCGAAAAGAGAAUGAUUUUGCUCUUAUAAUUGAUGGGAAAACCCUCAAGUAUGCCUUAACUUUUGGAGUAAGACAGUAUUUCCUGGACUUGGCUUUGUCAUGCAAAGCUGUUAUUUGCUGCAGGGUUUCUCCUCUUCAAAAAUCUGAAGUUGUCGAGAUGGUUAAGAAACAAGUCAAAGUCAUAACGCUUGCAAUUGGGGAUGGAGCAAAUGACGUCAGCAUGAUACAGACGGCCCAUGUCGGGGUUGGGAUCAGUGGCAACGAGGGCCUUCAGGCCGCGAACUCCUCGGAUUACUCCAUAGCUCAGUUCAAGUAUUUGAAGAAUUUGUUGAUGGUUCACGGUGCCUGGAACUAUAACAGAGUCUCCAAGUGCAUCCUGUACUGCUUCUACAAGAACAUAGUCCUCUAUAUUAUUGAGAUCUGGUUUGCCUUUGUUAAUGGCUUCUCUGGACAGAUCCUGUUUGAGAGAUGGUGUAUAGGUCUUUACAAUGUGAUGUUUACAGCAAUGCCUCCCUUAACACUCGGAAUAUUUGAGAGAUCAUGCAGAAAAGAGAAUAUGUUAAAGUAUCCUGAAUUAUACAAAACGUCUCAGAACGCACUGGACUUCAACACCAAGGUUUUCUGGGUUCAUUGUUUAAAUGGCCUCUUCCACUCAGUUAUUCUGUUUUGGUUUCCACUAAAAGCCCUUCAGUAUGGUACCGUAUUUGGAAAUGGGAAAACCUCCGAUUAUCUGCUGUUGGGAAACUUUGUUUACACGUUUGUGGUGAUAACCGUGUGUUUGAAAGCUGGAUUGGAGACCUCAUAUUGGACAUGGUUCAGCCAUAUUGCGAUUUGGGGCAGCAUCGUACUCUGGGUGGUGUUUUUUGGAAUCUACUCAUCUCUGUGGCCUGCUGUUCCGAUGGCCCCUGAUAUGUCAGGAGAGGCUGCCAUGUUGUUUAGCUCUGGAGUCUUUUGGAUGGGCCUGUUGUUUAUCCCCGUGGCGUCUCUGCUUCUUGAUGUGGCCUACAAGGUUAUCAAGAGAACUGCUUUUAAAACAUUGGUAGAUGAAGUUCAGGAGCUGGAGGCAAAAUCUCAAGACCCAGGGGCAGUUGUGCUUGGAAAGAGCCUCACGGAGAGGGCGCAACUGCUCAAGAACGUCUUUAAGAAGAACCACGUGAACUUGUACCGAUCUGAAUCGCUGCAACAAAACCUGCUCCAUGGGUAUGCUUUCUCACAAGAUGAGAACGGGAUCGUCUCACAAUCUGAAGUGAUUAGAGCAUAUGACACCACAAAGCAGAGACCCGAUGAAUGGUGAUGGGCGGGGCUUCGAGGCUGGCUCCACCAGGUCUCUAAGGAGAGCUCCCAGGUCUUCCCAGAAUCUGCUGACCAAUUCCAGUCUGGUCCAAGGAGGGGAAAGUGGAUCUGAGCUCAUCUCGUUGAUUGACCUUCAGAUUCAUGUAUAUUAUAGACAUAAGCACUGUGCCACUAUACUGUAACACCAUCUCUUUCAGAUUUUUUAAAGUAUUUGCUGAGUCUUUGUAAGCAGAAAUUGAAAAUGACCUUGUAUCUUGCCAGAAUGCUUUCUUAAAACAGAAUAGGUCAGGAGUCUUAUGGCGUUACUCUGGGGCUGUAACUGACUAUCAGUUGAUUGGAUAUACCACAAGGCAACCAACCAUUUAAAAACUCUAAAAUGGUAAUAAUUUAAAGGGACUCUUGAUAUCCAGACUUAGAUUUCAGAAUAUGCUGAAAAAAAACCAGCGCUCUUCUCUAAGGAACUGACUCACCUUACUGAGCAAAAUUUCUAAACAAGACAUUAAUAAGUGUUUGUGUCAAAAAUUGUCUUGAUAAAUGUUUGCCAAAGAAGUUCAAUAAGUGUAUUUCUCAUUCAGUAGUCAUGUGCCCAGAAAUUUAAAAGAAAGUUUACCUCCAGUUCUGCUGUAGGAUCUGCAUGCUUGACUUUUCAAAUGUAAGAGUGAUUUGCAAAAAUGAGUAUUUCAAGGCAUUUGCUACUCAAAUCUGUGAUGUUGCACCUUUGGCCUUACAAAUGCUUCUUUCUUGUUUGUCUUGUUUACUUGUUGAAGUUGGAGGGCACACGUGGUAAUGUGACUCUGUCAUUAUGACACUGAUUUUUAAUCUGUAUAUAUGUCUCAGUCAUUUCUGAUGAGGUGUCUCUAGAUUUUUCUAAAACCCUGGCUUCCGCUGAAGAUUGAGUGAUGUCAUUUUGUCUUAAAGUUUUCUCUCUCAAGAAAAAUUUGCUUACAUAUUUACGUGAGAGUCCCAGUGCUUCUGUCGAGGUGUUUGGAAUACCAUGUCGGAUAAAUGCAUGGGCUUUUGUAAUGUAUGUAGGCUCGGCUUUUGUCCUGUGUUUUGGUUCUUUCUAUAGUUCCUGCUAGAGAUGCCUGCUGUCUUAUAUAGCACACGCCGUGUUAUGGCAACCACCCCUGUACUUAACACUGAGAAUUACUUCACAGUUCACUUUUCAAAUAGCUCCCCCAAAUUAGUCACAUGCUGCUAAUUGGGACAAAUCAGUGGUACAUUUUCCCCGUUUUAAAAACACCUGUUUUACUCAAGCCUGUUGCUUUACAGUCAGAGACAGUCUUCAUCACGAGUAGAUUUUGUUGCUAUGGUUUUAAAUGUAUGUUCAGUUUAAUUUAAUUAUUUUCAGCAUUUCUGAGACAUGUCCUAAAAAUGCCUAUUUUGCUACCAACGAUAAAUGGUGAAGGGGCUGUUUAAAAACCACAACCAGUUUUCUAUACUAUUUUUAAAAUAAUGCUUUCAUUUAAAAAUAAAAAUAAAAAGGAAUUCUAGUUUUCAGAUACACUUCAGAGAUUGAAGCAAACUUUCUGCCUUUUAUUCAGAAUCCUGUUUGCCUUUAAGUGGACUUACCAGCAAAAUGGGUAGAACUUCCUCUUGAAAAAAAAAAAAAAAGUCAACUAGAAUUGCAAAGAGGUGAUUUGAGUUUAAUAAUGUCUCCUUCUUUUAACCCUUUUUCUUAAUCUAGAUUUAAAAUUAGGUUAUACGUCAUUUCCUUCUCUGUAUUUUUAGCUAUUUAGUUACAAGUAUGCCCCCCCCCAUUUUCUGUAAAUAAGAGAGGUUAUAACACAUACAUAAUUCCAAGGGGAGCAAGGGGUUGACAUAGUUCACUUCCUAGAGCAUUCCCCUUUGGGGUUCAGAUUAAGAAAAUUGUGAAUCGAAACAUCUAGAAAGUCCACACGUGUAAGAAGAGUCUGAGAUCACCUUCAAAAUUCUGCAGUCACGGACUUUUGUCCGCUGAAUGGAGCAGCUUUCCCAGGCUCGCAGUGGUGAUAGUCAAGGCCAAGCCACACAAAUCCAAAAACAAGAAUGAAGUACCCCAUUCCAGAGAAGCACUUCCUCGCAGGUACAGAUCAGAACUCCUCCUCCUCGUCAGCGGCGUCCUUCUCCAAAAUGUUAAUAGCAAAAUGUGAUGAAUAUAAUGGAACUGAAUUUUCUGGCUUCAAAAAAUGAAAAGUUUUAUUUUUAUCUUAAAACAUGGAUUAUUUCUAUGGAGCUCUUAACAUGAGUAGAAGAGAAUACCCAUGGUGAAUUAACGUACAAGAUCAUGGUCUGAAAUAUGGCUAAUUUCUAGUCCUAUUUAUGAAUUAUUAAGUCAAUUCCUUUGCUUCUUGGGUGAGAGAGGGGGUUGGGCAGCAGGGAGUGGUCGCCUUGGUAAAACUUAAAACACAGCAUUACGGUUGCAGUGAUUUCAUAGUGUUAGAGAAAACCCUCUGGUUUUUU